AAAGUUGGCAUGCACGGCCUAAAAAAUCACCAUACCAGAGGCAAAAUCACUUCAAAGAACAGGGGCAGGGCCCUCAUCUGACAGAACCUGUUACUUUAGAUCAGGGGUCACCAACCUUUCAGACCACAGGGACCACUAAAUUCAAAUUUUUAAACCCCCACGGACCACUAAUAUUAAUUUUCUAAAAAGAUAGAUAGUAUUUUGUGCAAUAUAAAAAAUGCAAAUAAUUUCUCUGUGGACCACCAAAAAAUUUUCACGGACCACUGGUUGUUGACCAAUGACCAGAUCACUUUGGACACACUUGCCAAAGAAAGCUGUCCUCAGGUAAGACGCAAAGGGUCCAGUCACAACUCAUUUCCAGCAAUCCAGCAGAACAAAUCCACUUUAUCUGGGGGAGGUUCCUCCACCUUCAGCAACGUGGCACACAUGAUUCAUCAUCUGAUAAUCCCUUUGCAAGAAAGCAGCAUUUUGGAACUUUUCCAUCUCAUCAUUCUACUACUUUAAACAAAGUUAUCUCUGUAAGGCUGUUCCUGACCAAUGAGAAUUUCUGAACAAGCAUUGAAAAUCCCCAUUUCCUGUUUUGGGUGAAGGUACGAAGUUGCCACUUUGCUCCAAUUCUGUUUAUGGUAAAGCAAGACAACAAUGUUCUUUGGAUGGAGGAUAAUUAUUCUUUGCUUUCUGCUUCUCUAUGGUGUGCCCAAGUCUUCAACUGGUGCCUCUGGGCAGUUCCCUAAUUCAUUGAUUCAACCUGGAUCUCCUUUCCCUGUAAAGACAAAUGACCCCAACGUUCAAAGAGCUGCUAGGCUUGGGGUUUAUAAAUACAACAACAGUACAAAUGAUAUAUUUUUGUUCAAAGAAUCUCAUAUAAAUAAAGCCACAGUGCAGAUUGUGAAAGGAGUGAAAUACAGACUGGAUGUCGAUAUCUGCCGGACUGUAUGCAGGAAAAGAAUACCACAUCCCAACUUGGACAGAUGUGAUUUCCAGAAGAACAAGAUGCUGCAAAAAGUAUAUGUUCAACUUCUUUGCACUGUUCUAAGAAAUCGGGGUUGGGUAGGAAUACCAGAUUUGGACUCUGAAAAUCUGGACAACCAUUAGAUAGCAGCAAAGAGCAAUAAUUUUCUGUGUGUCCUUCUUGCCUUCUACCACUCGUCCAGAAUUUUGUAGAGGACAACUAGUAGCAAUAGUAGCAACAACUGAACAGCUAUUUCUCCACAAUUCAUUUUGCAUGGGAUUCACUCAUAUAUUUUGAACACGUAAUCCUUUUUCAGUGUCAACUAAUAAUUUUAGUUCUUGUCAUUUAGCAGAAACAACAGUGUUGCUCAAUCUCCUGCUACAUUGUUAAUUAGAAUGGCCUUGAGGCCUCUUUUUCUUGAUGUUAGAAGAGUGUAAGCAAACAUGAUAAAUUCUCUGCUUCACUUUCUUAUAUCUGCAUUGUCCAAGUUUGAGGGAACUGUGUUGCUUCCAGGAUAGGUUUCCUGAGUGACCUCAGCAAUUGCCCCAAAUUCUCCAAAUGAAGCAAAGAAUAAUUUAUUUCAUGGAACAGCUUUGAAUUUCCCACAGUGAAAAGAUGCUAGAUGAAAAAUUGGGGAAGAGGGGAAUAAUUAAAAAUAAUAAAUAAAACAACAAACCUUGAGGAGCAAGUGUUAAGUAAAUGAACAUCAAAGAAAUGCACAAUACCGGUCCUUGCCUAACAAUGGUUAAUUGGGUGUAGCAACUCCACCACUAUGAGAUGUGGUCAUAAAAAUCAUGUGACUGGGCCCAUUUAUGAUGGCAGUUGUGUGCAAUUGUUAUGCAAGGAAAUCACGUGAUCUUGUCUUAUGACUUCCUGCCAGUUUUCCCAUUGACUUUGCUCAUAGGAAGCCAGCAGCGAAGGUCACACAGAUCACGAUCACACGACCAGAGGAUGCUGCAAGUGUCUGAAAUGUGGACUGGCUGCCAAAUACCCAGAUUAUGAUCGCAUGACUGUGUGGAGGUUGCAAUAGAUGCAAUUUUGAGGAUUGAUCAUGAGUUUCCUAGUACAGCAAUAUUAACUCCAAAUAUUGCUGAACAAAUGACCAGUAAGCAAGGACUACCGAUUUGAAAAGAACAUCAUAGGCUUUUUUUGCUGAGACCUCUUCAGUUCAGGAACUACUUUUGAUUGCAGUAUCCUGUCACUUUAGUGGAAGGAAUUGAACUGUGUUCGUAUAUGGAAAAGGAAGAUGGAGCAAAUUGUUUCUGCAGAGGAUGUCCUUCUAAAAUACAUUAGAAGGAAUGUACAUUACUAAUAUUUAUUUACUGUACAAUGUUUAUUAUUAAAUGCAUAUGCCACCUCCCAAUGAUUCUUGGAAUAAAUUAGGUGGAAAAAUUCCUUUGAAAGCCGUUGUUUCAUAAGAUGACAUUGCAGUAAGUCACUUAUUAUCACAUUGACUGCCAGGCUGACUGCAAAAAUGCAACAUCUUCUUGUAUAACUUUUUAAAUAGCUGAUGAUAGAAUUAUAAAGCAGUCAAGGCAAUUUUCUGCCUUUUUUCUUUUGUCUGAUUUAAUGCCUUUAUUUGUUUUUGUCCCCCCCCCCCCCCUCAGAAAUUCAAAUGCGAUUUCGAAGUCUGGCUCAUCCCUUGGCAGCAGAAAGUCCAGAUCCCAGUCAUGUUCUGUCACUAAUUGGUCUCUAAUAAACUGUGUAGAUAUUGCAUGUUUACUUUUUUUGUCAACUGAUACAUCACAAAUUGUCCAUAAAGACACUGGAUUGCCAAUA